AUGGCGUGGUCCCGGUACCAGCUGGGCCUGGCCGCGCUCAUGCUCCUCACCGGCUCCAUCAACACCCUGGCGGCCAAGUGGGCCGACAACUUCAGCGUCCCCGGCUGCGAUGGGACAGAGGAGCACAGGUUCCAACACCCCUUCCUGCAGGCCGCUGGGAUGUUCCUGGGGGAAUUUUCCUGCCUCCCGGUGUUUUACCUGCUGCUCCUGCGGGAUCGGCGCCGCGCGGAUCCGACCCAAAUCCCGAUCCCGACCCCAUCCCGACCCUUCAAGUCCCUGCUGUUCCUGCCCCCCGCCCUGUGCGACAUGGCCGGCACCAGCAUCAUGUACGUGGCUCUGAACAUGACCAGCGCCUCCAGCUUCCAGAUGCUCCGGGGCUCCCUCAUCAUCUUCACCGGGAUCCUCUCGGUGGCGUUCCUGGGUCGGAAGUUGGAAUGGAGCCACUGGUUGGGAAUUGUGCUCACCAUGGUGGGGCUGGCGCUGGUGGGAUUGGCGGAUCUGCGCGGAUCUGGCGGCACGGAGCGCGGGAUGGCCGACGUGAUCACGGGUGAUCUCCUGAUCCUGCUGGCCCAGGCCAUCGUGUCCAUCCAGAUGGUGCUGGAGGAGAAAUUCAUCUUCAGCCACGACGUCCAUCCGCUGCGCGCCGUGGGCACCGAAGGUUUGUUCGGCUUCACCAUCCUGGCGCUGCUGUUGGUUCCGUUCUCCUUCAUCCCGGCCGGCCGGCUCUCCGGGAAUCCUCGCGGCGUCCUGGAAGAUCCCGCGGACGCUUUCUGCCAGAUCCGGCGGGAUCCGGUGAUCCUGGCGGCGCUGCUGGGGAACGUGGGAAGCAUUUCCUUCUUCAACUUCGCGGGGCUGAGCGUGACGCGGGAGCUGAGCGCGACCACGCGCACGGUGCUGGACAGCCUGCGCACGCUGCUGGUCUGGGCCCUCAGCCUGGCGCUGCGCUGGGAGCGCUUCCACCCGCUCCAAAUCCCGGGAUUCGCCCUGCUCCUGCUGGGAACCGCGCUCUACAACGGCCUGCACCGCGCCCUGCUGCCGGGUGGGAACGGGGGUGGGAAUGGGAGUGGGAAUGGGAAUGGGGAGGAGAGGGAAGCGCUGCUCGGUGAGGAGGAGGAGGGAGCCGGUGUCAGUCGGGGAUGA